AAAAAAAUCCUACGACGAGACGGAAUUAGCGCUUAGCACUGGUCAUGAGUAAACAAGUUUAAAGUGGAUGUAAAAGUGUCAGUGCAGGGAGAAAAAUGUCUCAGGAGAAGAAAACGGGGCUGUUAAAAAGGACGUCGUCGUCUAAAAAGCCGCUGAAGGAGAAGGUGGUGCUGAUGUACGAUGAAAUUUUCACGAAAGUCGACCCUGCUAAGGCGAACCCUCGCUUCUGGGACGAGCUCUUCUUAAUGAAGGUGAACCUGGAGUAUCUGGAAAACAAGCUGGAGGUUCUGGAGGGAGAUGAAGUGAUGAUGAUUAAGGAGAACAUCAACAGCCUGUUCCAUCACUGCGUCCAGGCUUUGGAAGAAGACCACCAGAUUAAAGUAGUCAACGCUCUGCAGACUCUUUGCGCACUCUUUAGAGGUGUGCAUCAGAAAAACAAAUCAGCUACCGGCUUCGAUAUCAUUAAUAUGCUGGUGGGCUUUGACAAGGCUGAGCUCAGGAUGAAGGAUCUCAUGGAAAGCCUGGACAGUUUGCUCUGCGGAGAUGGCUCGGAGAGCCUGAAGAGCCUGUGCCUAAAGUUGUUACUCUGUCUGGUUACGGUGACGGAUAAUAUCAGUCAGAAUACCAUCCUGGAAUACGUCAUGAUCAACAGCAUAUUUGAGGCCAUUUUACAGAUCUUGUCUGACGUUUCGAGCAGAGCGCAGCAUGGCUACGAUGCUGUGGUUCUCUUGGCUCUCUUGGUGAACUACAGGAAAUAUGAAUCCGUGAAUCCCUACAUUGUGAAGUUAUCCAUAGUGGAUGAUGAACCAACUCUGGCGGGUAUGGGUAUGGUUAUCCAGCAGGCUCUUACAGAAUACAACAGGCAGUACAAAGAAAAAGAGGAGGACAACCAUGGAGGAUUUUUUUCCACGCUGACCAGCAUGGUAGGCAGCAUGUUCAUUGCUGAUGCAGACGAGAAGCUGUCGGUGCAGACUAAUGAAGCUAUCCUGCUUGCUCUCUACGAGGCAGUUCAUCUGAACAGGAACUUCAUUACUGUUCUCGCACAAAGUCAUCCAGAGAUCGACAUUGCGGUGACACAAGUCACGCCCACGCCGACGACACCCACAACCCCGCUUGGUACCACCCCUCCUUCUUUAGACGUGAUGCACAACCCUGAACUCCCGCUGGACCCCAACCUUCAAACGAGCAACCUGCUAAUCACGUUUCUCAAAUAUUCCUCCAUCGUCAUGCAAGACACCAAAGACGAACACAGACUCAACAGCGCCCGAUUGUGUCUCAUCAUCCUCACGUGUAUAGCCGAAGACCAGUACGCUGAUGCCUUCCUGCAUGACGACAACAUGAACUUUCGAGUAAACUUGCAUCGAAUGCCGAUGAGGCACAGAAAGAAAGCGGCAGACAAGAACAUCCCGUCUCGGCCUCUGGCGUGCGCCGUCUUGGAUCUGAUGGUCGAGUUCAUCGUCACACACUUGAUGAAGGACUUUCCUAUGGAUCUCUACAUGCGAUGCGUUCAGAUUAUUCACAAGCUCAUUUGCUAUCAGAAGAAGUGCAGGAUUCGACUGCACUACACUUGGAGAGAACUUUGGUCGGCUCUGAUUAACUUGCUGAAAUUCUUGCUGUCAAAUGAAACCACCUUGUUGUCUAAACACAACAUCUUCCACUUGGCUUUACAAGUUGUCCAUCUCUUCAACAUGUUCAUCACGUACGGAGACACGUUCCUGCCAACUCCAAGCAGUUACGAUGAGUUGUAUUACGAGAUCAUACGCAUGCACCAGGUGUUUGAUAACCUUUAUUGCAUGGUGCUCAGGGUCUCCACUAACGUCGGCCAGUGGAAGGAGCCGGCCAGUAAAGUCACCCAUGCUCUGGUUAAUGUCCGAGCCAUCAUCAACCAUUUCAACCCAAAGAUCGAGUCCUAUGCUGCCGUGAAUCAUAUCUCCCAACUUUCAGAAGAUCAGGUGCUGGAAGUGGUACGCUCCAACUACGACACACUGACUCUGAAGCUGCAGGAUGGUUUGGACCAGUUCGAGCGCUAUUCAGAGCAGCCCAGAGAAACAGCAUUCUUUAAGGAGUUGGUGCGCUCCAUCAGUCUGAACGUGAGGAAGAAUGUUUCUCUCAACACUCUGAGCCAGGAUGUUCUUUUGAAGGAGUUCUCUUCUAUCUCUUGAGAUCCUGACCCAACCACACGUAAACCAUAACUAAGGGGGAAAACAAUCAAAUCAUCUUUGUCUACUAAUUUCCAAGUCUGUCCCCAUGUCCACAUUUUGCUGGAAAUCACACUUUGCUUAACACACACAGUGUUGAAAGUGUUUGAAUUAUUUUGAUUAUACUAAUUUCCUUCUUCAGUAUAAGGGUUUUUGUUGUUUUUAUGGAGCAUUUAUAGGCCUUCUGUUUUUCCAACAAUAUAUUCGAUUGAUCAAAUUAAAUCAGUGUAAUACGAAACACACAUGCUUGAUCCUGCUGUGAUUUUUUUUUUUUUCCCCCCAGUUUACAUGAACUUUCAAAAUGUUAACUGAACAGAUGAAUUAUCUUGAUAUUAAUACCCAGAGUGCGUUAGUGAAACGAGUUGAACUAAUAAAUUUCGCUAAUAUUCUUGAAGGUUCUUCAGUUCAGAACUUCAGUGUUGUCUAGGUAUUAUGUUUAAAAGAUGAGAAAUUUGAUUGUGACAGAAUCCAAGCAAAGUUUUUACAUAUACAUAUACAACGUACAUCUCAACACAUCAGCCGCACCCGCCUCAACUAUCGUCCCGCUUGGUACCUUCUUUGAACGUGAUGCGCAAUCGAAAACCCCAACCUGGACACCACCCAGCCACUUGUUCUCUCUAAGUCAAGGAAGACGACACCAUUCUUGUAAGUAUACCCGAGGGCUCUCGCGUGAGCCAUUACAGACUUGGUGAUUGUAACCCGCAAGAUGAAGGACUUCCCUAAGGACCGAGCUGAUUUGCUAUCAGAAGAAAUGCAGAAUGAUGCUCAAGUACAUAUGCUCGGAGAGAACUCUGGUCAGCACUCGUCAACUUGCUUCUUGGCUAAACAUGCCUUUCACUUGGCUCUACUGGUCGUCCACGUAUGAAGACUCAUUCUUGUCCACUCUGAGCAGUUAUGAUGACCUGUAUUAUGAGAUCAGGUCUUUAUUGCUUGGUGCUCAGAAUCCACACCAAGGAGUAAAUGCUGGUUUGCUCACAAGCUUGAUAACAUCCGAGGCACGAGUGACCAUUUCAUCUUAAAGACUGAAUUGUAUUCAGCCGAAAGUGACAUUCAAGAAGUGGAUUUGAGACGGGCAGUUCAAACCACGUUGUUCUCAUCAAUAAAUUCUGCUCGAUAUCCUGAGACAAAUACCCACAGCCUGUAACAUAACGACAAAAACAUCAAUCUUGUAACUACUGAUUUUCAGAUGCAGUUCUUUUUGGAGUUAUGGUUUAACACCCCAACCUGAAUGUUUUUGCAGAUCUUCAGUAUAUUUUUAGGUUUUGUUUUGCGGCGCAGUUAUUGAUUUUUUUUUUUUUUUUGGUGUUUGUUUUUUAUUUUCUUCCCUGACUAUGUUCAUUACAGAUCAUGUUUUAGGUGUCCUGCUGACCUGCUUGAUUUUAUCUGGAUACUGAAAAUGUUAACUGACUUGACUUAAUGUACAGAGAGUGCAUGAGUGAAAUAACCCAUUUUGAAAUCUUGACAAAAUUGAAAUUGUAUUACUUUUUGAUAAAUCUUCACUUCAGAUUGUCAGUGUUUCCCGGGCGUAAUGCUUACUUAAAAUUGUUUUAUAAAACCAGACGGAAGGAGCAUUAUUUUAUUUAACAGUCAAAGCUCAUUAGAAAAGUUCAUAAAAUUUAAUAUAAGUAUUUGUUCAAAAAAUGUGCAUGACGAGCUACUACUGUUUUGUGACCCUUGACACUUUCUUACGCCGACUACUGUGUUCAUGCACAAUGUACUCGUUUCAUUACUAGAAUUAAUAGAUUGUCAUAGAAAAUAAAUAAAAACUCAAGCAGAAAGAAAAGAUGGUCAAUGAUGGGUUUUACUGUCUUGCGUUGAAACUUGCCCUGAAUUUCAGCCGAAUGUUUAGUGGUGAUUGAAAAAUGGUAAUUGGAGCUGUUUCUCAGGGGAAAUUUUGUGGAGUGGAACAUAACACCAUGCCACAUUAAUGAAAUAGUCCAAAUUACAGCUGAAAAACUGCUCCACAACACUGGAAAAUCCGAGAACCAUCAAUUCUGACAAUGUAUUUGUAUUCUGUAUGACAUUUGUAUUUUGACAUGUACUUGACUUCAUACUUAAAUGGAAUUUAGGAAUAAAUGGCUAUUGAAGAUCUUUGAAGAAAA